UUGAUAGACCUCAUUGGCCGGCAAAUAGUCCCGAUUUAAAUCCGUUAGAUUAUUCAAUAUGGGAUGAAUUUGUUCAACAAAUGAAUUGGGAUAAAAUCAAAUCAAAAACAACUUUAAUGGAAGAACUAAAACGUGCAGUUAAGAGAAUUAGAAUAGAAAUUGUUUUAGAAAGUUGUGCUAGUUGGUCCAAUGGUUUGUAUCGUUUGUCAAAAAACAAUGGAGAUUAUUUACAUUAA